AUGCCCGAUAGUGAUGGAAGUAAUCUCCAUGCCAUGCUGAUGAUCUCGUAAUUUUGUUAAUUAAAACAAGAGGAUGUAAUUAAUGAAUCAAUUUUCUGACUGUUAAUUGUCAAGGAGGCAUACUUUUACGAUGGCAACAUGUCUAAGCAGAAUCCUAGGCCCUCAGCUGCAUACUCACCCCAACAUAUUGCUUAUGAGCAAUCUCCCAACAGUAACUACUACACGAGGUUACAAGAAGCCAUAUCUGAAAGCAAUGAGAGAUCGAAUCCGUUUAAAUAAGAGAACUUUGCCUCAAAUCAUUGAAGAUAACCUGGAUUUACCCCGAACAGUUCCUCGUCCCUUCGAAAUGGGUAAAGAAGACGUCCUGAAUAUCCAUCCAAAAUAUGCUGUACGAGUUAACCACAAUGAGAGCAAUGAGCAUUACAAGAAAACACCUGUGUACAUAUUCAACCAGUUGUGUGUAUUGGAAGAAGGCAUGAACCAGGCAUUAUGGUUAACCAACAGCAAGUUAAUGGACCAAGGAAAAUUGCCUGAGAAGCUUCAAAAACUUGGUGUAGAAGCUGAGAAAGAAGACAUGACUGACCAAGUCUAUCACGCCAUCAAGAAGAGUAGACACUAUGACACUACAGAAAAAGUCAUCAGGAUUCCUCGAUACAGUCGCAAUUUAGUUCAGUCAUUACUGACUGUCUGUAACACCGUGAGUGAUAAGUACCCAAGGAUUGUACAGCGUACAGGAACUGACAAACACUACAUUGCUGCAUCAUGGCAAAGAGGUAAUGACCCAAUCCAGGUUAGAGGUCAUGCUGGUACUAUGAUUUCGUCCGCUCACCCUAUUGCACCUAUCGCUGGUAAAGAGGAGAUUGAAGCAACAAGGACCCAUCAACUUCCAACAUUUCAUCCCAUAUCACCGACAAUCGAUCUGCUCCAAUACAAUGUGUACAAACUAAACCACAAUUUUCCAGGUUAUUUUGAAGGUUACCCAUACCAACAUGCUCAUACACUCUAUGUGUUUGAUGAUCACUUGUGGACUAGGAAAAGGAUUGAGAAAGGGUUACACGCUAAAGGAAUCAUGUUCGCAUUCGGCAAUGCACUGGCUCGUGCCCGUCUCAAGUAUGGUAUUGAUAAUGAUAUUGAUUUGGAGACGCCAAUUGUAACGCAGAGCGUCGCCACUGAUGGUGUGAAUUUGAGUUUUGUAGUCGUUCAGUUGAACACACUGAGAAUGACAUCUAACGAUGGUAUCAAGAACAUGGUCUGGCUGGAUGCAGACAACCAGCUCUACAACGAUCAGUUCCCUCAGGACAUUAAAAUAGUCAAGUCCAACAAGCGCAGGAAGACGACAAAAUCAUACAUAAAAAAAAUGAUAACUAAACGUGAUCCAGAGGUCGGAUGUCAAGACCUGGAUAUGGACGUUUUUAGGAAGUUCUUAUCAUUACAUGUACAUGGUGCAGAACAUUAACAUUGUCACCGGUGUAGGAAUUUCUUAUUGCAUACAAUCUAAAACCUUUAGGGUAACACUUUUUUAAUAACAUAUAUAAUAAUACAAGAUAUUGCUAUUGAAUCACUAUCACAAGGAUGUGUAUUCACAUGGAUGUGAUGUAGCAGGCCGUAUGCUAAAUUGUUCCUAGCAAGUGUGUAACAUUUUGUUUAAUGUGAAUUCAUGUAAAGUUUCUAAAAUUUGCUUUAUUCUGAAUAAAGAAUAUUCAUAAAUUAAGCAUGUUCCAGUCUUGAAAAAGGUGAAGACUCACAUGUAGUCUAUAUGAUUUUCAGCAAAUAAAGGUGCUCUGAAAAAUA